UCUCUGGACUGGCAGUUUGGAUCUGGAGUAGCUAACAACAAAUAGAGUCUGACAAAUCAAGACCACCUUCCUCAAGCCCUUCCAGUAUUAUUCGCCGCACUUCCUCACUGGAUACACUUGCUGCUCCCUACCUUGCUGGACAGUGGCCUCGUGAUAAUCAUGGGCAGGCUGUUCCAUGUAUGAGAGACAAAGCUACACAGACAGAAAGUGCCUGGGCUGAAGAAUAUUUAGAAAAGAAGAGAAGCUCACACAAACGUUCAGCGUCGUGGGGCAGCACAGAUCAACUCAAGGAGAUUGCAAAAUUACGUCAACAGUUGCAGAGAAGCAAACAUAGCAGUAGGCAUCAUCGGGAUAAAGAAAGACAGUCUCCAUUUCAUGGUAACCAUGCAGCCAUUAACCAUAGUCAGGCUCCCGUUCCAAAGAGUGCUCUUGUUCCUGUGAUACCUAUUACCAAAUCAACAGGAUCACGAUUCCGAAACAGCAUAGAAGGACUGAAUCAAGAGAUUGAGAUAAUAAUUAAGGAGACAGGAGACAAAGAAGAACAGCUUGUUCCCCAAGAUAUUCCGGAUGGGCACCGUGCCCCACCUCCAUUGGUUCAGCGUAGUAGUAGUACUCGCAGCAUUGAUACCCAGACACCUGGUGGAGCAGACAGAGGUAGUAAUAACAGCAGCCGUUCCCAGUCGGUAUCUCCAACCUCAUUUCUCACCAUCUCUAACGAGGGCAGUGAGGAAAGUCCAUGUUCUACAGAUGAUCUUCUUGCUGACUCCAGAGAUAAAGAGAAUGGGAAUAAUUCUCCCCUGCCAAAAUACGCUACCUCACCAAAGCCCAAUAACAGCUACAUGUUCAAGCGUGAACCUCCAGAAGGCUGCGAAAAGGUGAAAGUCUUUGAGGAAAGCUUGGAACUGCAUCGCAACUGGGCUGAGUUACUGUAAGUUUUCUAAAAAUGUUCCUCUCCUGCUGAUUUGUCAUUAGAUUGUUAUUUUUAGUUAAGAUUUUGCAUGUCGCUCAUUUUAAAGAAAUGUUUUAAAAACAGCUAAUGUUUUGUAAAGGAAUUGAUUAAUCAGUUACAAAUUGCUGAUCCAAAGCAUACUAGGGAUUUAGCGAAUGCUUUUGUUUAAAGUCAAGUGGAGAUGAUUCUAGUAACUGAGGUUUCAAUUUAGAGUUCUGAAAAGUGUAGGGGUGUCCUGAAUAGCUGAAGCAGUAAUAAGACUUACAGCACUAUACAGGCAUAUACUCUGCUGUGUAAUGUAAAGUAUGAGGAACAAUGCAAGAAGCAGCGUACCAAGAAAAUCACUGGGCUUUUGAGGGCCGUCUUCGUGUCCUCAGUAGAGAUGAGAAUCUGAACUUUGUUUCAGUUCAUAUACCGCUCUGCAGCUGUGUCACCAUAAGAGCCUAUUAGUUUAAGCUAGGGAAGCAGGCAGAAAGCUAACAUCAGCAGUUACAUGGUGGGAGAUGUCACUAAUCAAACAGAUGCCGAAUUUGAGUAGUGCCAUUUUACAUAGAGCAGCAGUGCAAAGAUUAAGAAAAACCUUGCCUGGAGAUAAAUAUUGAUAAGGAGAUGGUUUGUCUCUUUAGGGCAGAUGCUGACAGCUCAAAUGAGAAGGAGGGGAAGCAUAUGGUAAAUUGAUGAGCGCAUUCUGAAGCGUUAGUUCCAUCCUGAAAAUCAGCUCUGCCUUAGUGGUUUCCAGGUUUAUCAGUUUUCAAAUAGUAUUUGCCUCGUUUGCAACUUUAAAGAUAUUUUUAAUUGCUUGGGCUCGGAAUGUUGAACUUGGGUUCUUUCUGGUUUGUGUGGCACAUCUGGUAUUCCGAAUUUUGAAGACCCAAUUCUUUUCAGCUAUAUCUAUGCAACUGUGAAACCGUUGGUGACAGGAGUGAAUUUGACCCUGCAUAUUUCAUGCUUUGGUCCUUCUGAAAAAGCCAACUUCUGUCAUUUUGGAAUAUGCUACUUUGUUUUCAGUGUUUUAGUUUUUUUUCAGUUUUCAGUUGUUAUUCCCUUAUGUCACUUAGACAAAAAGUGCAAAAAUCUUAACCGAUAUUUAACAUUUUCAUUUCAUGAUGCAAAGAAUAUAAUUCAGUUCUUUCCUAUAGCCUUGCUGAGAUAAUGUAGCUAUCUAGUAGUAGUAAUAAAAAAAGUCAUAUCUGCCUCCAUGUAUUUUCUGUCUCUGAACUAACUGAUUUUGGGAGGUGUGUUAGUUUUUAGAUCAUUGGCUCUCCAUAUCGAUAUGAAAAGGGUUACAGUAAGGUAGGUUAAUUGUUUCUACUUGGAGCGCAUAAGCUGUAUUGGCAACAGAUUAGUUAGUCUUCACUUGCUUUAAGAACAUGUUCUACUGUGAUUCAACUUGCAUUUACAUUUUUUUUUCUUGGAAGUCCCUGCUAGAUAGCUGUAGGGCUAUUUUGCCUAUAUUUAGUCACGCAACUGUGAAACAGGCUCCCACAGGAGGUGUUACCUACCUAUGACAAUUCUUAGACACAGAAUCACAGGAUAGUUGGGGUUG